GGUGUCAGAAACCCACAGACAGCCAUUGAAAUAACACCAAGUACUCCAACUCUCCAUCUACUCUCUUUAACCGUUUCUUUCAUUUUGUGCCUGCUACGAAGAUGUUUCGGGGAUCUCUGAUCUUGGUCGCUCUACUCUUGAACUUCAGCCUUGCAGAGGCUCAAGUGCCAAACGGGAAACUGUGUUAUAUCCUGGAUGGGAUUCUCGUGAUCUACGGCGUCAUUCUCACCAUCUUGUACUGCAGACUGAGGAUGCAUUCCAUCUACAUAAACAAUGGCGGAUCUCCACAGGGCACUGGCGGGUAUCCACAGCAGAUAACAACGCAGAUAACAGCUCUCGUAAUUUCCAUUUUACAGAAAGGAGAGGGACUUUACGCAGGUUUGACCCAUAAAGGUCAGGACACCUAUGAGACCAUCAAGUUGCAGAAGAAAGCGAUGCUGGUGUGAUAGAGGAAAAAGACAGUAGUGUGAGUGGUGGUAAACAACAAACCACAACCCCAUCUUACAUGGCAUUUAAAUGAGUUUAGAUCUAUAUGACUGCUUGCUUUCCUUUCCUUAGGUUAGGUUGGCCCAGUAGUGUUGGUGGCUGUUGACUGGGGGCCUGAGAUGGGCAGUGUUUAAGAUGCAUUUUGGUUAUUCUGUAAAGCAGCCCUUUCACUUUCUAUAAUUGACUAUCAAUUAACUUGUAAUUUAAAGAUUAAAUGAUUCAGAAA